GGAAGCGGCGCGGCGCUGGGGGGUAGUGGCUGUCGCAGUGCGCGGCUGGAGGCAGCGGAGCCGCCGGCCCCAGCGGGCCAGGCCAGGCCGGGCCGGGUGGUGCCAUGAAGGGGAAAGAGGAACGGGAAGGUGGCGCGGCGGGGCCUGGAGCGGCGGGGCCGGGCGGUGGAGGUGCAGGGGGCGGUAGCCCCGAGAAGAGCCACAGCGCGCAGGAGCACAAGGAGCAGGGCAAUCGGCUCUUCGGCGGCCGCAAGUACCCCGAGGCCGCCGCUUGCUACGGACGUGCUAUCAACCGCAACCCCUUGGUGGCUGUCUACUACACCAACCGUGCCCUCUGCUACCUGAAGAUGCAGCAGCACGACAAGGCACUGGCCGACUGCAAGCGAGCCCUGGAGCUGGACGGGCAGUCGGUGAAGGCUCACUUCUUCCUGGGCCAGUGCCAGAUGGAGAUGGAGAACUAUGACGAGGCCAUCGCCAACCUGCAGAGAGCCUACAACCUGGCCAAGGAGCAGAGGCUGAACUUCGGGGAUGACAUUCCCAGCGCGCUGCGCAUCGCCAAGAAGAAACGCUGGAACAGCAUCGAGGAGAAGAGGAUCAACCAGGAGAAUGAGCUGCACUCCUACCUGACCAGGCUGAUCAUGGCAGAGAAGGAGAGGGAGCUGGCUGAGUGCCGGAAGGCACAGCAGGAGGAGAGCGCAGACGAGAGCCGGAGCCGCGUUCAACUGGCCAGCAUCGAGGCCAAACACGACAAGUAUCUGGCAGACAUGGAUGAGCUCUUCUCCCAAGUGGAUGAGAAGAGGAAGAAGCGAGACAUCCCUGACUACCUGUGUGGCAAGAUCAGCUUCGAGCUGAUGCGGGAGCCCUGCAUCACGCCCAGUGGCAUCACCUACGACAGGAAGGACAUUGAGGAGCAUCUCCAGCGCGUGGGUCACUUUGACCCCGUGACACGGAGUCCCCUGACCCAGGACCAGCUCAUCCCCAACUUGGCCAUGAAGGAGGUGAUCGAUGCCUUCAUCUCAGAGAACGGCUGGGUGGAGGAUUACUGAGGGGGCAGCGCUGGCCCCCUCGGCUGCAGCGGCACGGCCGGCUGGCACGGGGCUGGCACCGUGCCUUACUUGCUCCCCCUCUGCUCCAGCUGCCUGCAGACCUGGCGGCAGUACUGGGGUGAGGCCACAUCACCAUCUCCUCUCCCCGAGGAGCCCCAGCAGUAGCUGGGUGGGCACAGGGGCUCCCCGGGUUGCCCUCUCCAGCAGCUCCUCACAGACUGCAGCGCUCGAAGGAAGACCUGGCAGGUGGUUGGCAGAAGCUGGCUCAGCAUGGCAGCCCGGAAGGUCAUGCCAUCACCUUCAUCCCCCACACUGCAGGGUCCUCUGGCUGUGGCAGCUGACAGUCCCCCAAGAGGGACUGGGAGGAGCUUGCUGGGAUGGGUCCCUCUCCAUGUACAUUGGCACAGCCUCCUACCACCUCCUGCCUGGCCGAGGUUGGCUCUCCCCUUCCCAUAAACCGCCACUUGGCGAGCUGGGAAACCAGUAAGAUUCCAGCUCCUCUCCAGCUUUUCCUGGGAAACAGCUGCUCCCAGGGCUGGAAGGGGCUGGCUCCUUGCCCACCAGGGCUGUGGUUCCUUGUGAACGACCACCUGGGGCACAGCCUGCCUGGCUUCUGAGCCUCUCCUGGGAGUUUGCCAAAAAAUGAGAGAGAAAAAUGAAAAAUUCAGCAAUAAAUGGGGGAAAAAAGCGA